CUUCUCACUUAUCUUCCUCACCCCUCUACUCUCUAACAAAACUAUAAUCAUUCAGUUACACAAAUACACAUAAUGGGCUCCAGCGACCCCAAACCCAAGGUCCUCCUCCUAGGAGACAUCGUCCACGCCCACACAACCUGGUCCUCCCUCUCCGACAUCGCCGACCUAAUCCGCCCGACAGCCACCAACCGCGCCGAAUUCAUCCAAGAAUGCCAAUCCGGCGCCCUGGACGGCGUCAUCGCCGCAUACCGCACCUUCGACAGCGUGAGAAUCACGGGUCUAAUUGACGAGGAACUCGUCAACGCGCUGCCUAAGUCGUUAGUUUAUUUGGCACAUUGCGGAGCCGGCUACGACCAAAUCGACCCGCACGCAUGCAGCGCGCGCACCCCGACUCCCAUCCGGAUCUCCAACGUCCCAACAGCAGUGGACGACGCGACCGCCGACGUCAACAUGUUCCUGAUCAUCGGGGCGUUGAGGAACUUCAACGCGGGCAUGCACGCCCUCCGCGAGGGGAAGUGGCGGGGUCAGCCUGCGCCGCGACUGGGACAUGAUCCGCAGGGUAAGGUGCUGGGGAUUCUGGGGAUGGGAGGAAUAGGUAGGAAUCUGAAGAAGAAGGCGGAGGCGUUUGGAAUGCAGGUGAUUUAUCAUAAUCGGAGAAAGCUGAGUGAGGAAUUGGCGGAUGGGGCUAGGUAUGUGAGUUUUGAUGAGUUGUUGGCGGAAAGUGAUGUGGUUAGUUUAAAUUUGCCGUUGAAUAAACAUACCCGCCACAUUAUCAGCACGGCCGAGUUCGCCAAGAUGAAGGAUGGUGUGGUGGUUGUUAACACGGCUCGCGGUGCUGUUAUGGAUGAAGAGGCGCUCGUGCAGGCUCUUGAUAGUGGAAAGGUGUAUUCCGCUGGAUUGGAUGUCUUUGAGGAGGAGCCGACGGUGCAUCCGGGAUUGGUCCGCAAUCCGAAUGUCUUGCUGGUGCCGCAUAUGGGCACUUGGACUGUUGAGACACAAACUGGCAUGGAGGAGUGGGCGAUCGAGAAUGUCCGCAUGGCGCUGGAGACGGGCAAGUUGAAGAGUCCGAUCCCAGAGCAGGCGGAUCUAUGAAUUUCAUAUUGUACAUAUUAGUACGUCUAGACUACGAUAGAUGGUGCCAGUCGCAAAUACAUAUAUACAAG